CAGGUUAAUACUAACCAAGCUGCCUUGCGCCCCUCCCGUGCAGAGCCGCUGGAGAACUAAGCCAGCAGGCCCUUCUGCCGGCUGAUCUGGGGAGGCAGCAGUUUCCAGCCCGCUGCAGGCGGCACCAUGGCGCUGCUGACGCACCUGCUGGUCUGCACCUUCGGGAUGGGCUCCUGGGUGGCCAUCAACGGGCUCUGGGUGGAGCUGCCGCUGUUGGUGACACAGCUGCCCGAGGGCUGGUACCUGCCCUCCUACCUGACAGUGAUCAUCCAGCUGGCCAACGUCAGCCCUCUCCUCAUCACCCUGCUCCAUCACUUCCGGCCCGGCUGCCUUCCCGAGGUGCCCGUCAUCUUCGCCGUGCUGGUUGUGGGCACCGUCGCCUGCACCCUCUUUGCCUUCCUCUGGAAUGUCACCUCCUGGGUACAGGGCAGCCACCACAGCAUCACUUUCAUGGUCCUCACCUUCUUCCUGGCCCUGGUGGACUGCACCUCCUCCGUCACUUUCCUGCCUUUCAUGAGCCGGCUGUCCACCCACUACCUCACCACCUUCUUUGUGGGCGAAGGGCUCAGCGGUCUGCUGCCGGCCCUGGUGGCUCUCGCCCAGGGCUCGGGUCUUACCACCUGCGUCAACGUCACUGGGACAUCUUAUAUCACCUCCAGCCCCAACACCACCGGGAAGACCGACACCCCACAGGGAAAUAACAGCACUCUGGUGCCUGGCCUCACUGGGACAGCGCCCUCUAUGGGCCAUCUGGAAAGCAACUCCCUGCCUGCCAACUUCUCGCCCUUGGUCUUCUUCCUGCUGCUCUCCUUCAUGAUGGCCUGCUGCCUCGUUGCCUUCUUUUUCCUCCAGCGUUACCCUGAGCCCUGGAAAACCUCCACAAAAGACCUCCUCGCCUCCCAGGUCACCCUCUACUCCAUCCGGCCACUGGAAGAGGACCCCGGUCUCCCAAGCCUGGGGUACAGCAGUAAGGGCCAAGGGCAUCUGGAGGAGGAAACGCCCCACUACCACCCAGCCCUCCUGCUCUUCAUCUACAUCCUGGUGGCCUUCGUGAACGCCCUCACCAACGGCGUGCUGCCCUCCGUGCAGACCUACUCCUGCCUGUCCUACGGGCCUGUGGCCUACCACCUGUCCGCCACCCUCAGCUCCAUGGCCAACCCUCUGGCCUGCUUCCUCUCCAUGUUCCUGUCUAACAGGUCUCUGCUGUUCCUGGGGGUCCUCACAGUGUUUGGGACCGGCUUUGGUACCUAUAACCUGGCCAUGGCGGUGAUGAGCCCCUGCCCCCUCCUGCAGGGGCACUGGAGUGGAGAAGUCCUCAUCGUGGCCUCGUGGGUGCUUUUCACCGGCUGUCUGAGCUAUGUCAAGGUGAUGCUGGGCGUGAUCUUGCGCGACCAUAGCCGCAGCGCCCUCGUGUGGUGCGGGGCGGCAGUGCAGCUGGGUUCACUGCUUGGAGCUCUGCUGAUAUUCCCGCUGGUCAACGUGUGGCAAGUCUUCAAAUCCGCGGAUUCCUGCAACCUUCAGUGUUCCACCUAAGCAGACUGAAAACUGGGACCCAGAGAGACAAGAAAAAGAUAUGAACUACGGUGGACCUUGCAUUUUGACUCAACAAUGCAAAUGAAGGGAGCAUUCUUGGUCUUUGUCAAGACUGCAUAGUAUUCCACCGAGUGGAAGUACCAAAUGCCUUUAACCAGCCCUCUGCACAAGGACGUUUGACGGUGCUGGAGACAAAAACAAAAUCUCCCACAGAGCCAGAAAGCCUCUCCCCAAAAGUAGACAAGAAGGAAAACAGUUGUAUUACUGAGUAGGCGUUAAACCAGGGCAUGGGGCACAUCGCAGGCAAUCCACUGACGAGAUGUGGAAGCAGAGAGAACCCCCGCCCUUCUGUGCACAAGCAGAUACAACCGAUUACAUCUGUGCUCUCAAAGGUUAGCGGGUCCUCUGGUGGGAGGACCAGACACACCACUUGUCAAGUGGUUCAUCCUGCCCUCACCUUGACGUUGGGGUGGCUAUCUGUGUUAGCCAACUGUCCUUAUCCACAGGGAAAAGAAACUUCUACCUUUGUGAGAGGAGGCUGCUUUGCAGCUUGGAGCAUAGCCCUGACGGUCGGUGCCUACCCUCCCCCCCGAGACUGGCCUAUGGGCGCCAGUUUUGUUGAUAUUCACAUUAAGAAGAGAUGGCUCUGGGUCCUUGAGGAAAGCACUCCUGGGUGAUAAAGCUGGCCAGAGGCCCGUUCAGCUUUUAAAAGACAAACAUCUGAAAGGAGCAGAGGAGCCUACAAGUUCUCUAAAGUAAACACUAUAAGGAGAAGGAGAGGGGAUGUCUCCCUUCUUGACACAAGGAGAAAUUCUUUCUAUUUGUAUCUGCCUCCCCAAGGGCAGGUGGGUGGCUUCCGGGCAUUCCCUCUCAGAAAGAAUGCUGGAGUCAAUAAUGAGCAAGAAGAUCUUUGCUGACGCAGGAAGAUGCUCCAAGAUUAAUUACACGCACGGACAGGAGACGCAGAAGAGCGUGUACAGCACGGAGCUGGCCACCCUUGUAUAUCCCGCCAAGGACGAGGGGAGAGGGAGAGUGACUUGGUGUUCAGAAAAGGCACCUUCAUCCGUGCCCUUCUCCCUGGCUUUGCUCUCGCUCGCCAUCCCUGGAGGUCUUGAUGCCAUUGGCAACCUUUAAGUUGGCACCUGUGAGUCAGCGCUCCUCAGCCUCCUCCUCUGUACAAUGGGAUGAUAGAAGCACCUCCCCCACUUUGCAAGGCCUGUUCUUUUUUGAGUGAACACCCUCCAACGCUCCAGAUGUGUGGCAGGAGCCUCCGCGUGUGCCCCGGGCCCUAUAGUGGUGCUGGCGGUGGUCCGCACAGGGAAUGAUUCAGCCAGAGCCACCCCCACCCCAAAAAAUGGGCCGCAAAGUCAGAACACAGACCCUAGCUCUGAAUCCAGGGUUCUUUCUAAUGGGCUGUUGGCAUAAAAAGCAAGGUUCCACACUCCACAUUUAUUCUGAAGGAAGGUGGCCCCAGGAACCUGGAAGUGUAAAAUCAGGCCAGGACUUAACGUAAGGCCCACAAAGUCCUCUGGAAGAGAAUUGAUAGGGGUUACACCACAUGCUUCCUUGGGGUUGGCCAGCACUGGGAUGCUUAAACAGGGAGCAUCUACCCUGUUCAUCCUCACAAAUGUCCACCACGGUGACCAUCAGCUUUAUAGCUCUAAAGAGCCUUCCCGCUGCCACCCUUCCCGGUCGACCAGAUGCCUGCGGCCCUCUGCAGACUGUCACCCGAUGCCCUGGAGUCUUCCUGAGACUCGACUGAUUUACUUCUCACAGAAACCCUGUAGAAACUUCCUAUUAUUAUCAGUUCUAUUUUGUGAAAGAACAAGCUGAGGCACAGAGGGGUUAAGCAUCUUGGCUGAGAUCACGCAGCCAGCAAGCGGCAGAACCAGGCCACCCAGGCUCUAUCUUACAUGCUAUGUCUGUGUCAGAGACAUGAGUCUCAGAGCAUGUGAAACCGUCAAGAAAACCUUGGCUUCAGACGGAGAUGAAGUGCCCCCGCCCCCCCGCUCAGUGUCUUCUGGUUUCAAAUAGAAAUAGACAACUUCAGUCCAGUUCCAUGGGCUCCACUCCAUCACACACACUCACACACAUGCUCACACACAUGCUCAAAUUCCUCUGGAAGUGAAAAGAAGGAAGGAGAGAUGAGCGCUUUUGUAGGCGGGAUGAGAUUCCACACGUUGUCCAAUGGUAUCCCUUUAAGAGUGACUAGCAGAGGGGCCGAAACUUGCCAGAGAAGGUUCUUCACACGCCCUAUGUUGCAAGUCUGGUUUUGCAAUGGGAUGGCCUUUUCGGAGCCUCAGUGCUAUUUAUAGAGGUCAAAUCUGGGGGAAGUGCCACGGCAAAUACUGGUGUUGCCAAGACUCUGCCUUCCAUUUGGAAAUUGCUGGUUGAGCAGCUGGCUUCUGGGUGUGCCUUCAGAACGUUGCUCUAUUGCAACCUGUAAUUUGGCCUAGGUGGAUGGCCACUCAUGGGGUUCAAUGGUUAGAGUGUAAGAUAAGAUAGAGCACUAUCUCCCUGGGGGAGGAAAGAUAUUAUUGAGAAAAUGAAGAUAAGCAGCAAACAGCACUACUAGUUGCUACAAUGUCCAUUCUCCUGUUUCUUUCAUAGUCACGGAACCCCUGACUUUUACCUGGGCACAUUCACGGUAGCCCAGAGAAAAGCACCCAUUUCCCAGGCUUCCUUGAGGCUAACACACGGCCAUGUGAUCACAUUCAGACAAACGUUACCAAGAACAAUGUGUACAAUUUUGGAGUCGUGUACUCAAAAGGCAGAGGCAGGACUCCACUUUCCAUUCACCCCUUCCUGCUGGUGGAAAUGCAGACGUGAUGGCUGGAUCUGGAGCCACUGUCUUAGACCAUGUGGAGGAAGCCAGAGGCUGAGAAUAAUGCGGGAAAAAUAUAGAAGGUGCUUGAAAUCGUAAUGACUGUGGAGCUACCAUUCCUAGUGGGACCCAGAUUUCACAUGAUAGAGCAAUAAACUUCUGGGUUAAGUUUCUAUAGUGUGGGGACUUUUUAACAUAACAGCAGAAUUCUCAUAUUAAUAAGUAUACAUUUCUCUCUCUGUGUAUAUAUAAAUGCACACACAACUCACACACAUAUUCACAAUCAUACAGAAGGAGGCCUGGAAAGAUAUAUAUCAAAAUGUUAGCCUAGUUAAUCUGGAGGAAGGGAUUUCUGUGGGGGUUUUUUUCCUUCUUGACAUUUGGCUGUACUCUGACUUUUUUCUCUGAAUGUAUGUUAUUUCAAAACUCAAUAAAAGAAAGUCUAAAGAAAGCAAGAUUCCUAUAAAUAGAUCCUAUUGUUUAAAUCACCUUCAUUUGCUUCAUACAAGCCUCCAAAGAUCACACACAUACACUUAGAUCUCAUGGAAUAUUUGGCUUUGUUUUCUGUGGGUUAUAGAACUUUUUUAGGUGUUCUUUUUACUGAACAAAAUGUCUUGAGGAUGGUUCCAUGCCCCUGUGGAUAGGCUGACCUUGUUUCUUGUAACCAGCACAAAGCACUUUCUGGAUGGGCUUUACUG